GGAUGCGUGAUUGUAGAGGAUACGAGCACGCACGUGGUGUGCUCCUGCGACCAUCUCACCAGCUUUGCUGUCCUGACGUCGCCCGAUGCCACCAUGUCCAGGGCAGAUGCUCUGGCGCUAGAGAUCAUCACGCUGGUUGGCGUGGUCAUUUCAGUCCCUUGCCUUUUGCUGACGUUUAUCAUCUUUGCUUACUUCCGACGUCUGCGAAACUUAACCCGAGUGAUCUUGAUGCAUCUGUGCCUGAACCUCUCCAUCGCACUCCUCAUCUUUAUCUGCGGUGUCGAGAAGACUGGGGAUCCGGACAACUGCACAGGCAUUGCCGUGGCCUUGCACUUUUUCAUGAUGACCUCGGUCUUUUGGAUGCUGGCCGAGGGCGUGCAACUCUUCCGCACCUUUGUCGUUGUUUUCGACACGGAC